AUGCCUCCCAAGAAGACCCCCGCGGCCAAGGAGAACGUCUCCCUCGGCCCCCUUGCCGGUGACGGCAAGCUCGUUUUCGGCGUUGCCCGCAUCUUCGCCUCCUUCAACGAUACCUUCGUCCACGUCACCGAUCUCAGUGGUCGCGAAACCAUCACCCGUGUGACUGGUGGUAUGAAGGUCAAGGCGGACCGUGACGAGUCCUCCCCCUACGCCGCCAUGCUUGCUGCCCAGGACGUCGCUACCCGCUGCAAGGAGCUGGGCAUCAACGCCCUGCACAUCAAGAUCCGUGCCACCGGUGGUAACGGCACCAAGACCCCCGGCCCCGGUGCUCAGUCCGCUCUCCGUGCCCUGGCUCGUUCCGGCAUGAGAAUCGGCCGUAUCGAGGACGUCACCCCCACCCCCUCCGACUCUACUCGUCGCAAGGGUGGUCGCCGUGGUCGCCGUCUUUAG